AAGCUGUUCGACCCAUUCGGAAACAACAACUCCUUUGAGGAUAUUCGAGUCAUUUCCGUUGUAGGCGCUCCUGGAAUAGGAAAGACUGCAGUGGCCAAGUAUGCUUUUCAAUUUCCAAUAGUGCGGUAUCAUUUCGAAAUCCGUGCAUGGAUAUCUGCAUCCGAGGAUUUGGAUCUGAUAAAAUUUCUCAAAGUCUUCAUUGAGAUUUUCACUAAUGACGUGGUGUAUAACGUUGAGACUGAAGUAUUACAACUGAGAUUUCGCCAAAUCGUUGAGAAGAAAAGAUGCCUUGUUGUGCUGGACGACGUCAGUCAGGAGAACCCUCAGCAUUGGUUACAUCUAAAGAAGCUCUUCAAGUUUUGUGAUCCAAGAAGUAGGAUCUUGAUAACCACAAGGAACCAGGAAGUCGCGGACAACGCCGGCUCCUUGUCAACAGACAUCCUCGAACUACGUGGUCUUUCUGAAGAAGCUUGCUUGUCAAUUUUCAAGGAUUGUGCAUUGGUUGCUCCAGAAGCUAAAAUCCCGAAUGAACUUAGGAGCAACAUUACAAAUAUAUGUAAUGGGUCACCACUCAACGCCGAGUCUCUUGGUCGUUUCAUAUACCGUAGACCCGUGGAAGAAUGGCCAGAAGCACUGAAAGGUAUUGAUAUAAUACACAAGCUGUCGUAUUAUCCAGGGCAAUCCACAUUUUUUAGUGUCUCCCCUAUUUUAAGACAAUGCUUAUUGUAUUGUUGUAUCUUUCCCAAGAAUUACUCAAUAGAUGCAGACACUCUCAUUAAACUUUGGAUGGCACAAGGAUUCAUUUCUUCUUCAGAUCAAGAUGGAGACGAUAUGGAGAAACAAGCUUGGAGAUGCAUAAAAGAAUUGUUAGAUCGUUACAUCUUUGAAGAAUCAAAAAUAGAUGAUAAUGGUAACUUCAAGUUCAGAUUGGAGGGCCGGAUGGGAGACUUUGUCAAAUUCUAUGUAGGAGGCGAAUACCAAAGCAGGUUCCUUGAUUAUUAUUAUGACAAGGAGCCUACCCAGAAGGGUCUCAUCACGCGGCAUUAUACCUUAAAUGUUGGAGUUCAAGCUUCUUUGCCAGAGUCCAUUCCAAGGGCAGAGAAACUCCACACUUUGAUGAUUUUGUCCGAUCAGUAUUCCUUUCCAGAUCCAAUAAACACUGCUAAUCUACUACGCCGUACCAAAAGGCUCAGGGCGCUACACUUGAGCUCAUGUUCCAUAAAAGAGCUUCCACAAAACAUAGCACACUUGCUUCAUCUAAGGUACCUUGACUUAUCCUUCAAUCAUGAUUUAAAGAAAUUGCCUAAAGCAAUAUGUAGUUUGCUUCACUUGCAAACUCUAAAUCUUAAUGGAUGUGAUAGUCUUCAAAAGUUACCUAAAGACAUUGGGAAAUUAGUGAACCUACUAUAUCUUGAGAUUCUUUGGACAACAAGUCUUAGCUACUUACCCAAGGGGAUCGCGACUUUAACCAUGCUCAGAAGAUUGAAUCGUUUCUUUGGCAAUUCUAGUGCUAAUAAUAGCAAAGCUUGCAAUCUUGGAGAUUUGGAGAAUCUAAACAAGAUUAGAGGGCAUAUUACCAUAGAUGGGUUGGGUGCUGAAGCUGAUGUCUCUGGUGCUAAAAAAGCAAGUCUGAAGAACAAGAAAGAUUUGCUUGGCUUGGAACUCUGGUUUUCUUUUGUCGGAUCCCAGCGAAAAGAUGAAGCUGUGCUUGAAGCUUUGGAAGCGCCUCCUAGAUUGCAAGGCCUUGGGAUAUUUUACUACCAAGGCGAAUCAUUCCCCAAUUGGAUGACAGCAUUGCAGAAUCUGACACAUGUGAUGCUAGCUGAUUGUAGUAACUGCAGUGAUCUGCCUCCUCUUGGAAAACUGUUAGCACUUCAAUCACUUACCAUAAAGAAUAUGUCCGAAGUGAACAUGGUUGGUUCUGGAUUUCUUGGAAUUCAGUUGAACAAUGCUGGUGCUGGUGCUGAAAGCUCCGGUUCCUCAUCAUCCGAGGCAUUUCCAAAAUUGCAAGAACUUUGCUUUGAAAAGCUGAAUAAUUGGGAAAACUGGAUUGGAAUAGGUGAUGAUGGUGAUUGCGCAAAGGUCAUCAUGCCUUCGCUUUCUUCUUUGUCAAUUAUAAACUGCUCAAAACUAAGGACAAUUCCAAACUACAUAAAGCUGAAGACAAAUUUGAGCGGUGGCAUUAAAAGAUGUCCUUCUCUUGAUUUAUCACAGCAUCAGUUAUCAAGUAUCUUUCAAGGGACUACAACCACAGAUAAAGUGAGGUCUAGUUGAGCGUGGAAUGCGGCAGAGGGAAAACUGGGGAGUUCUUGUCCAAUUUUUCUGCUAUUUAUAAUAAAGGGCCUUAAGAUGUAGAAGAUUAAUAAAUAUCGCCAUCU